CCAAAAAGCUCUAUCGUGCGGGGUUGUGCGAAACGCGAGGUUCGAGGCAAAAAAAUCGAGCGCUGAACGUCCACAGUCGCUCAGGAGCUUCAUUCCUCUCCAAAACAGCUCAAGACGAGAUCUUGCCGGCAUUUGUGCGGCUAGGGAGCAGCUACAGCCCAAAAGCAUCUCACUGCCAAAAGCUGGAUUUUCUCGCGCGCGCGGCCAUAAAUCAAGCCGGCGCCGCCCCAGCACAAGCUCUGGACCACAAAGAAAUCGCCCCGUAAGCCAAAAAAAGCGAAACGCGAGCAGCCGCGCCGCGGACCACACGCGGAACGAACGGAACGAUGUCCGCCCUAGCCGAGCAGCAAAGCCUCUCGAGCCAGGGCAGCGCGUCGCUGACGCCCACCGCAACCUCGUCGAGCUACGCCUCGUCGAGCAAGCCCAGCGAGUUCAACGACGACGCCUCGUCGAUCUCGACCGUGAGCGAGGAGUCGGAGGAGUCCAAGGAACCCGAACCGUACCAGCUCCCGCACGACCGCGCCGUCGCGACCAUGAACGAGGACGAGGACGACGAGUCCUACUCGUCCGAAAGUAGUGGCGAAUCGAUCGUGCCGGACCUGGGCGGCGACGAGGACGACGACCCGUCCGCGAAAGCUACUGGUGCGGGGCUCCUCGGCUACCUCGGCCUCGGGGGCCAGGCGACGAAGGCUACCGAAGACGACUACGCCUACGACUUCGAGGGCGAGCCCCAGGAACAGGACGACGAGCACUACGACUUCGGUGAUUGUGCAGUGUCCUUCGUAUGUCGCGUCGAUGGCGUGUGACGCGUGACUCGUCGAUCACGCAUCCUCGAGAGACCGGCGCCACGCCAUCGAGCAGGCGUCGACGGCGUGGCGGUCGACGCGUAACACACGCAGGCGACGACGAGGAGCCCGAGCUCGACGAGGACGAGUUACUCGCGGAGGAGGGCCUCAAGGACGACCGCCUCGAGGCGCGGCUCGCCUUAGCUUAUGACGUCGCGACGGCGGGCGUGUCCUCUGGUAGGGAGCACCCGAUGAAGGCGCCGGAAUUUCGGAAGGCGGUGGCCGUCAUGGGCCGCGUCUUCAGCAAGGAGGAGACCGACCGGUUUUUUGAUGAGGCCCUGGCCUUCUCCGAGGAUCGUUCAGCAUUAGGUGUGUCGUCCGAGCGAGAUGAACGGGGCUUGCUCAAGAGGAACGUCGUCGAGGCGAAUCCGAGGAGACAUGCGCUAUGUCUGCCGAAAGACGACUUCGUGGCCUAUUUCUCGAAGUUCGUGACGCGGACCGUCGAUCCGAGGGAAGCUGCCGAACAUUUCAGGGCGCUGGUCGAGGGCGCGGCCGAGCAGGCGCUGCGCGAUCCCGACACCGAGGCGUCUGACGAGUUGAGAGCUAUGGCCGACACGAAGCAUAGGAGGGUCGACGAGCUCUUCAUUUAUGCUCGCGAUUUGAGGAAGGUCGUCGCGUCGAUGUCGGAACGCUUGACCGACGAGGAGGCCGACGCGUUCAUCCGCGAGUGCAAACCCGAACCAUUGGUUGGGGCGGCCGACGGCGGGCUGGAGCGCGUCUACUUCCACCAGUACCUCAACAUGCUCAAGGACGACUCUUGAUUUGCGUAAGUGUCUCUUCCU